AUGGCCAAAAUUUCGUCGAUAAUUGGUCUUGCUACCUACGUUUUUUUGGCUGCGGCUUUAAUUACCCACGCACUGGCUGUAUGGGGCUCUUCUUCGACAACUCUUCCCGGCAUCUACGUCGUGAAGUUGGCGAAAGAAGGCAACGGGCACCAGGUUAACGUGACACUGGGAUACGGUGGUAAGUGUUAUCCAAGGCCAUCGUGGAUACACUGCAUUGAUUUGACUGACAAACCAAUAUCGUUAGGUAUAUGCUUGUACGCAGAGCCACAAGAAGACUCUGAUGGAGUACACGUUGGCAAGUGUAAGGGCAUCUUUAGCUUCCCCGCCACCAGCAGUGACAGUGGCAUCGACUACGACGACCUGGAGAACAUCAGGGAACACUUCAUCGAUGAGCUGGAGCUCGAAAAUGUCUAUUUGGACCCAAUUGAGGGUAUCCUCGACGAGCUCCUCAUCGUGGCCAAGCGACUCAAAAAUAAAGUGUUUCCCGUCAACUGGAUGAUAGCGGCGUUCGCCCUACUGGCCUUCUCCGGGGUCCUAUCGAUCAUCCCUCUCUUCUUUCACUCCGAAAAGAGGCGCACCGUCUCCAUGUUUACCAUGGCAGCCACCGGCAUAUGUCUAGCCUUCGGCCUGCUGGCCCUCGGCGGGGCUGCCUCGGCUACCUGGAGCGCCCUGGCGCUGCUGUACGCCGAGAAGCAGCUGGCGAAGACGCUGGAGCGGGAACAAUGGGACAUAAGCUUCUUCGACAGUAAGAGCCUGUUCCAAAUCACCGUGGCGACCAUUGUGCUCAACAUGGCCUUCGCCAUCUGCGUCGCCCUAGCGGCGGCGAUCCGGAACCAUCGGAGGCGCGUGAAAGACAAGAAACACGGCGGGGGCAGGGCGAGUAUCUUACCGCCCAAGGCUUCGAAGAGAAUGGCUCAGGCAAAAAGGAAGUUUCGCUCGUGA